AUGACCUCACGAAAGCUCAACAAGCUCAAUGUCUUGGUCUACACCGGCACGGGCUCAACCCUCGAGUCAGUCCGCCACUGCAUCUACUCCCUCCGCCGGCUGCUCUCCCCCAACUACGCCGUGAUCCCCAUCACAGAAACUGCCAUUCUCAAGGAGCCAUGGGCACCUACCUGCGCUCUGCUUGUUUUCCCUGGCGGUGCUGAUCUAGGGUACUGCCGUGUUCUCAACGGCCCCGGAAACCGCAAUAUCGCUCAGUAUGUCCGUCGCGGGGGGGCGUAUUUGGGCUUUUGUGCAGGUGGUUACUAUGGAAGUCAGAGGUGUGAGUUUGAGGUUGGGAAUGCGUCAAUGGAGGUUGUGGGGAGCAGGGAGUUGGGAUUUUAUCCUGGGAUUUGUAGGGGUGGUGCGUUCAAGGGGUUUGAGUAUCAUAGUGAGCGCGGGGCAAGAGCUGCUGAUGUGAGGGUGAGGAAGGAGGGAUUUGAUGGGGAUGGGGAGCUUCCGGAGGUGUUUAAAUGCUACUAUAAUGGUGGUGGUGUUUUUGUUGAUGCUGAGAAGCUUGCGGGUGAGGGGGCCGAGGUUGAUAUUUUGGCUGAGUAUGAGGGGGAUUUGGAUGUGGAAUCGGGGGAGGUAAAGGCUGCGAUGGUGUACUGCAAGGUUGGGGAGGGAGCGGCGAUUUUGACUGGGCCUCAUCCUGAGUUCGACGCCGUCAAUCUCGGCAGACACUCCGACCUGCCCGAGUAUGAGAAGCUCAUUGAGGAGCUCGCUGCAGAUGAACCAUCUAGGACAACGUUCCUCAAGGCCUGUCUAACCAAACUAGGACUGGAAGUAAGCAGAGGGACAGCCGUUCCCAGUCUUUCCAAACUUCACGUGUCCUCCAUCCAUCACAACGAAGUAGGGGAGCUCCUCCAUUCGCUCGACGACAUCAUCACAAAAGAAGACGGCGACGAGUACAUCAAAGGCGAGAACGACCUCUUCCACCUCGAAAAGCCAGAAUCCCGCUGGGACCUGACAUCCCUCAGCCGAGCCCUCCAGAGUGAGCUGGAAAGACCAAGAAUAAGCCCCAGCCGGGGCUCCCCAGACCCAACAACAAACUACAGCCACAUCCCGAAGCGCAUCGUAUCCCAUGAAACAGCCUGGCCGGAACCCAAGGAGACGCCUUACUUCAACCACGCGGUUUACUACUCCAGUCUUCGCCAAUCCCGCGAGCAAAACCCCGGGGCGGAGGAAUGGGGCGAUGUGCUCAUGUACGGCGAGGUAGUGACAAGCACAAACACCCUCCUCGAGAAAAACCACAAGCUCCUCUCCCACCUCUCCACGGGUUUCACCCUCGCAGCAACAACCCAAGUCGCUGGCCGAGGGCGCGGGUCAAAUGUUUGGGUUGCCCCGCCGGGGUCGUUGAUCAUGUCGACAGUCAUCAACCACCCUGCUCACCUCGCCAGUACCAGACCAAUAGUCUUUAUCCAAUACCUCGCCGCCAUCGCCAUCGUGGAAGCGAUCAAAACGUACGAUGUGGGCUACGAGGAUUUCCCUGUCAAAGUGAAAUGGCCCAAUGACGUCUACGUACGCGAUCCUAACAACUCUGACUCUGUCACGUAUGUCAAAGUUGCUGGGAUUUUGGCAAAUUGCAGUUACACGGCAGGGAACUACCAGGUUGUUCUGGGGAUAGGAAUUAACACGAAUAAUGCGAGACCAACUACCUCGCUUGAUGCGGUUAUCCCGCUCAUGUCGAACAAAGACAGCCUUCAACCGUUCAAAAUAGAGAGGUUGCUCGCCAGACUGUUGGCAAGGUUGGAGGUGUUGUAUGGGGAGUUUGUGAAAGGGGGUUUUAGCAAGGGGUUGGAGGAGAAGUAUUACCGGUAUUGGCUGCAUAGCAACCAGGUUGUGACUCUGGAGGCGGAAGGGGGGGUGAGGGCGAGGGUGGUGGGCAUCACGAGGGAUUGGGGGAUGUUGAAGGCGGAGGAGGUGACGGAGGGGGGGAUCAACGGGGCGUUGAGGGGGACGGGGAGGGUUUGGGCGCUGCAGAGUGAUGAGAACAGUUUUGACUUUUGGAGGGGGUUGGUGAAGAGGAAGAUUUGA